AUGCCACCACCGCGCGAGCCUGCCGCCGCCGAGAUCCCUCCCUCCCCGGAGCUCCUCUCUCAACUCCAGACCGUGCUGCAAGACCUCUCCCAAAACCCAUAUCCCUACGUCGAAAACCCGCCCAACUGCAAGAAGCGCGCAUCCGUCGCGCUUAUCAUUCGCAUCCAACCGCGCUACUCGCACUGGCCGGACAAACAGCACGCAGCCCAAUGGGCUGAUAAGACCGCCAACGAGUCGGUCGAGAGCAGGCUGGACAGCUUCUUCGCGCAGGACUGGGUGCAGCAUGGCGACCCAGAGGUGCUGUUCAUCAAGCGCGCCCACCGCCCCGGCGACCGCUGGACAAGUCACGUCGCCCUGCCUGGCGGCCGCAGAGAUCCUGAGGACGCCGACGACCGCGCUGCCGCCGUGAGGGAAACCGAGGAGGAGGUCGGCAUCGAGCUGACCGACGCCAAUUCCAUCCCCGUCGGCAACCUGCCCGAGCGUAUCGUGACCACGUCUUGGGGGAAGGUCCCCCUCAUGGUCCUCUGCCCAUACAUAUACCUUCUCACCGACCCCAGCCCUCCCGCCCUCCGCCUGCAGCCCGCCGAGGUCGGCUCCACGCAUUGGGUCUCGAUCCGCGCGCUGCUCUCGCCCUCGCAGCGCACAUACUGGCACGAGGACGUGUCCAACCGCCUCGCCAAGCAAGAAUUCGGCAUCAAGCGCUGGUUCCUGCGCGUCAUGCUGGGCAAGAUGAUCUUCGCCGCCAUCCGGCUGAUCCCGUCGCACAGCGAGUACUGCAGCACCAUCCCCGCCUUCGUCCCCGACGACGACGACGACUCGAGCAGCGGCCGCUCCGCCGCCGCCCAGCUGGCCAACUGGUGGCACGGCCGCGGCGUGCAGCCGUCGGCCAGCACCGACACCCCGCUGCUGCUGUGGGGGCUGACGCUCGGCAUCCUCGCCGACUUCCUCGACCUGAUCCCGCCCUGCAACGCCGUACGCCUGUGGACCUACCCCACCUUCACCCCGCCCGACGUGCGCCUCCUGCUGUGGGCCGCGUCGUACGCCUUCCGCAAGCGCAAGGCGCGCGUCUUGGCCGAGCACCACAAUGGUGUGAGGGGGGUCCCCGUCGUGGUCGAGGAGGGCCUGGACAGCGUCGAGCCGGACGGCUCCAUCGAGCCGCCCGAGUCGGGCAUCAGCGGCUUGGGCGCGGAGCGGUAUUAUAGCAGGCUCGGGCAGAAGAACCCCGCGACGAGGUCGUCGUCUGUGGGGAUCCUGCUCGAGGGCUACUACGACAUCGUGAGGAAGACGGUGGCGCUGUCGCUGGCUGCGAGGGUCUCGGUAUUUGCGGCAGUGGUCGCUACCGUAAUAGUGAAGUAUAGACGACUGAGAUGA